AUGGCGCCACUUGAACCAGGAAUGAAGCGGCCGACGAACGAGGAGCCCACGUCCGACGUCAAGCGCGUUCGUUUCGCGCGCACGACAUCUUCGACAGACGCUAUAUCUCUUUCCAUCGCUUUGGACGCCGAUCAGGUUCAAGCGCAGACACUCCAGUGGUUCGCUCCCCAAUUCACGUACCACGCGUUCGGUACCGAUGAGAUCAUUAGCGGCUAUGAGGAUCUUCGCAUCUCGUUGGUCUUCAGUGGGUUCAGCUUCGAAGCGUUACUUAACGUUGAAUACAAAGACAAAGACGACACUGCCGAUGAUGUCAUUGCAAAGAUAAGACCGUCGCUCCCGCAACACUGCGUCCAAGAACCAGGUGAGUUUAUAGCGGCACUGCGUAAAGCCGCGGCAGACUUUACCGUGCCUCCCGGAAGUUGCAUCGAGUCGUACACGGCGUACGUGGACGACGGCACAAAGCUAACACGACAGCGGGACUUUGAGAUCUACAAGUGCGAGUUGGAGGACAACGAGCCAGCUCAGAAGCUCUUGGCCAACCUGCAGACGCUGUCGCUCUGGUUUAUUGAAGGUGCAGACGCAAUUGAUGUCACAGAUCCACGAUGGGUAGUCUACUUGACCUACGAGCGGACAGCAGAUGGCAGCGAAGAUUUCUGCCCGGUAGGUUACAUCACUGUCUUCAAAUUUUGCAAUCCUCUUGGACGUAAAGCUGCGUAUUGUAAGCCGGACCAAAACGAGACGCACCGCAUUUGUCAAGCUCUUGUUUUCCCGACACACCAGCGCCAAGGUCAUGCCAAGCGUCUCGUGCGUUGCAUUCAUGCACAGUCAGUGACCAAUCCUCGCGUAUACGAACUGACUGUAGAAGACCCUGUGCCAGCCUUUGCCAGCCUUCGAGAUCGACUUGAUCUACAACAGUGCAUCGAGCACGAGUUUUUCUCUCUCGCACCGGAUGCGAGCGCCGACGCAAGUGGAACUGGACGUGGUACGGCCGCGUUAACAACGGCAGACAUUCACGCGGUGCAGGAGAAGCUCAAGAUUACGCACAAGCAGGUGCAGACCUGCUACGAGGCCCGCAAGUUUGCAUUUGUCGAUUCGACCGACGACGUGCAGUGCAAGAAGUUUCGUCUCGAGGUCAAGAAGCGGCUGUAUCGCUUGCACGUGGAGGAAUUGGACGGGAUGGAGAGUUCUGAUCGUCGCAAAGCUUUUCUCGAGACCGAGUACCAGCGUCUUGAAGCGCAGUAUCAGCAGCUGGUCUCGAAAUUAGCCCUUGUGAAUAUCAGCCACUCUUUGGACCCCACACUGCAGUACGAAGUCGCCGAGCGCAUUGGCGGCGGAGCCUUCGGGGAGGUCUUCAAGGGGCGCAAUAGACAGACGGAUGAGGUGGUUGCCAUCAAGAUCAUCGACCUCGAGUCUGCAGCCGACGGGAUCGAAGACGUGCAGCAGGAGAUCCACGUACUCUCUCAGUGUUCGUGCGACCAGCUCACGACGUACUCGGGCUCGUUCAUUGCGGGCACGAAGCUGUGGAUUAUCAUGGAGUUCCUGUCAGGUGGUUCAGUGCUAGAUAUCAUGCGUAAAGGACCUCUAGACGAGGUCUUUAUUGCCAUUAUCCUGCGUGAACUGCUGAAGGGUCUGGAGUAUUUGCACUUGGAAAAGAAGAUUCACCGCGACAUCAAAGCUGCAAACGUACUGUUGAGUGGAGACGGACACGUAAAGCUUGCAGAUUUCGGCGUCACAGGCCAAAUCACAGAGACCAUGACAAAGCGCAACACGGCAGUAGGCACUCCGUUUUGGAUGGCACCUGAAGUCAUUCAGGAGUCUGAAUAUGAUUUCAAGGCGGACAUUUGGUCGCUAGGUAUCACCGCAAUUGAGAUGGCGAAAGGCGUGCCUCCGCUAGCUGACAUUCACCCAAUGAAAGUACUGUUCAUGAUUCCAACGAUGGACCCGCCUGUACUUGACGGUAAUUUCUCGCCCCGAUUCGUCAACUUCGUGUCAUGCUGCUUGCAAAAGGCCCCGCAGGAUCGACCGACUGCGUCCGAACUACUCCAGCACCCGUUCAUCGGCUCCGCGGGGCUUACAUCUCACCUCACCAAACUCCUGGACCGAAACGCGUUCGAUAGCCAGCAGCACGACCGAAAAGGCGGCAAAGAUGUACAGGGCGAGGAUGGCGUCCUUUACAACGACCGUGUCGAGAACGGAUUGUGUCGCAGCAGUCCCCCUCAUCCUAUGGGGAAAGGGCAUGAUGCUACGUUGCCAAUGGCAUAUGGCUACUAUGGCAGCGGCAAAGGGCAUACUCGAGACGUGUCAGUCGGAAGCGCAUGGGAUUUCGAUACUGUUCGGUUAUCAUCGACAAGUCUCCAGCGGGAAUUGAAAACUCAAGCGGAAGUUGCAGCCACCGUCGAAGCCGCAACAACUAUUCACAACGACAAAAAGGUUGAUGGCAUGUUCGAAGAUGAGCGCAAACAUCUAGCGGUCGAUUCGACAGUAGCUUGCCGAGAUCUGCAUCAUGAAGAAGACGACAAGGACGCAAGUGGAGAGGAUAAGGCGUUUGACGACAUUGUAAAGCCUGCGAUCAGUGAAGUGCUGGAGCGUGUCCUUCAUCUGCCUACUACCGGAAGUGUGUCGCCGGCUGCUACGGAGGUGCAAGAAGAUCUUCUCUUUGAGCUGCUGCACGUGUUCGACAAUGUUAGUCAACAGAAAGGUCUGCUGCGGCAAGUGCUGCGGAGCUUGGCCGAGUACACGAAUGCACGUAUGCCGGCCUCCUCCAGUACGAACGCAAUUGGAAGCGCAGGAAACACGUUUCCGAAGUCAUAG